AUGGAUACUAUAUCCGCUGCCAAAGUUGAAGCAUCCCCUGCUGUGGUUAAGGCCAUGGAAGACUUAUUGGAGAUGCAUAGGAAAGACGUGAUUGACAAGCAACAAUCUGUGACGGUGGAGAUGUUAAAAGGAUUAGUUGAUCGUAUUCAGCGGAUCGAAGAAAAGUUGGAUUUGUUGAUCUCAUCGCGUCCUUCGAUUCCAUCAGUUUUUAAACCAUCUAAUCCUUUCUCCACGCAACCAGGCAUGCCUCCCUUCGCACCCACUCAGUUACACUAUGGAACAAAAGAAGGAAUUGACGCAAAGGUCGACAGGACAAGCUUCGGGAGCAAACCGUUUGGUGAUAAAAUAGAUAGUGAUGGUCCUUAUGCUCCUUUUGGUCGUGGUCGUGGUCUUUUUGUCGGUGGUCGUUUUGGCGGUGGUCGUUGUGGCGGUCAAGGCUAUUGCACUCAUUGUUAA